AUGUUCUGUCUUCGAAGCUGGCUCCCCCUUCUCUUUAUCCCGACCAACGCCUCGCCCGCCUUCAUCUUCCUCUUCUUCAUCUGCACAUACUUCCUCAACCGACCCUGCGUCUACUGCAGCUUCCUCCUGCUGAUUCUCUUCCUCACCUCCUGCAACUGGUCCGACCGCUGCUUCUUCGACUUCAGCAGUAACUGGUUUCAACCCCGCCCUCCUACCGCCUCGCAGCUACCCGAAUUCGACCCCAGCACCAGCUUCAAUGCUACCGUCAUAGACGUGAUCAACUCGACCGCCAGCGCGUUAGCCGGUGCCGCCGCCGAGGAGCUUGCGAAACAGAGACAGGAGUGGACAGGACUGGGCAUUGAGUGGUUGCGCAGCCUCCUCGGCCGGAGAGAAUGGCGCGUCGAGUGCCUGGACAUCAAUAUUCGACUAUGA